AUGUCUACUCAGGAUAUCCACUCCUCCAAUGGCUCCAACGACCUCAUGGACUCCAUGGAUCACCUCAAGAUGGAGGACCGCCUCGGACCCGACGGUGAACCCGCCCCUAAGACGGACGAGGAGUACGCCCAGGCCCAGCUCACCCUCCGUGCCAUAGUUUCCUCCAAGGAAGCAGGCGUCAUCAUCGGCAAGGGUGGCAAGAACGUCGCCGAUCUACGUGACGAGACCGGUGUCAAAGCCGGCGUGUCCAAGGUCGUCCAGGGCGUUCAUGACCGCGUUCUCACCAUCACGGGAGGAUGCGACGCCAUUUCUCGCGCCUACGCCAUUGUUGCACGUGCGCUCCUCGAAGGUGCUCCCGCCAUGGGCAUGGGCGGCGUUGUCCAAGGCAACGGGACUCACCCCAUCAAGCUACUCAUCUCGCAUAACCAGAUGGGCACCGUCAUUGGACGUCAAGGCCUGAAGAUCAAACACAUACAGGACGUAUCUGGUGUCCGCAUGGUCGCCCAAAAGGAAAUGCUGCCCCAGUCGACCGAGCGCAUUGUCGAAGUUCAGGGAACCCCCGAAGGCAUUCAACGCGCUCUUUGGGAGAUUUGCAAGUGCCUUGUCGAUGACUGGCAGCGCGGCACUGGCACCGUUUUGUACAACCCCGUCGUCCGCACUCAGGCUGGCACCACUGGCAGCACCGGUAGCACCGGUAGCUUUGCCGCCACGGGCAACACACGCGCCGAGUACAGCACCCCCCGUGUCAUGCGCACCGGCAACGGCUCUGAUUUUAGCAACGGCGGUGGUUCUCGUCCCUUUUCUCGUCGCUCCGACUCUGAUGCCGCCUCUCGCGGCCCUCCUACCCAUGAUGAGAAUGGCGAGGAGAUCCAGACGCAAAACAUCUCGAUCCCCGCAGACAUGGUUGGAUGCAUCAUCGGCCGUGCCGGUAGCAAGAUAUCGGAAAUCCGCAAGACGUCUGGUGCCCGCAUUUCCAUUGCCAAGGCCCCCCACGAUGAGACUGGUGAACGCAUGUUUACUAUCAUGGGCACGGCCAAGGCUAAUGAAUCUGCCCUCUUCCUCCUGUACGAAAACCUCGAAGCCGAAAAGAUGCGUCGGAGCCAGCUCCAGGACACGGAUGAGCCGCGUUAUCAUUCUUUGCUUCAUUUGUUUACGCUUGCGACUGGGAUUCGAACUCUUCACUCUGCUUCAACUCACAACGUCGAUUCACACAACUCUCCUUCCGCCUCUACGACACCGCCACUGAACAUUAUCCGCCUUUGA